GCUGUUUCAAAACAUCGAAGAAGAAACCAAAGCAGCAGCAAAUCAAGAAGUCCACUGACCAGAUCCCAUCAACAUUAGAUAAACAAAAGGUAAACUCAUCUUCGGAUGAAAAGAAGGAAGCAUCCAAACAUGGAGGAGGUCCGGGUCACAUUGCAGCACAUACAUUCACAUUUCGUGAGUUAGCUUCUGCAACCAAGAAUUUUAGGGCUGAGUGUCUUUUAGGUGAAGGGGGCUUUGGCAGGGUAUAUAGAGGGCAAUUAGAGAGCACAAAUCAGAUUGUGGCUAUUAAGCAACUAGAUCGAGAUGGAUUACAAGGAAAUCGGGAAUUCCUGGUUGAGGUAUUGAUGCUAAGCCUACUUCACCACCCAAACUUAGUCAACUUGAUUGGAUAUUGUGCUGAUGGAGAUCAAAGACUUUUGGUUUAUGAGUACAUGCCUUUGGGGUCACUAGAGGACCAUCUCCAUGAGCUUUCACCUGACAAAAAGAUACUUGACUGGAACACCAGAAUGAAAAUAGCUGCUGGUGCUGCAAAGGGCCUGGAGUAUUUACAUGACAAAGCAAAUCCUCCUGUGAUAUAUCGAGAUUUAAAAUGUUCAAAUAUUUUACUUGGUGAAGACUAUCACCCCAAAUUAUCUGAUUUUGGGUUGGCCAAAUUGGGCCCCGUUGGUGAUAACACACACGUGUCAACUAGAGUGAUGGGAACAUAUGGAUAUUGCGCACCUGAAUAUGCAAUGACCGGGCAGCUUACACUGAAAUCAGAUGUUUACAGUUUCGGUGUUGUUCUUCUGGAAAUGAUCACUGGCAGAAAGGCAAUUGACAAUUCAAAAGCUUCUGAAGAGCAGAAUCUGGUUGCAUGGGCUCGGCCACUAUUCAAAGACAGAAGGAAGUUCUCACAAAUGGCAGAUCCCAUGCUUCAGGGGGAGUACCCGGUGAGGGGUAUGUAUCAAGCACUUGCUGUUGCUGCAAUGUGUGUCCAUGAGCAGCCCAACAUGCGUCCACUCAUAGCCGAUGUGGUCACAGCCCUCAACUAUCUUGCGUCCCAGAAGUAUGACCCUCAGGCCCACACAGCCCAAAGGCGGCCCUUGGAUCCUUCCACUCCAAGAGCAAGAAGGGUGCAGCGAUGAUAGCAACUUUUGAAAGUUAGUUUGAGCAGUUUUUUGAGCAACUUGGCAAUGGGGAGGAUUAAUAUUGGACGACGAAGUAUAUCAUAUUGAAGGAAGGAAAUUCUAGUUUUCCCCGGAUGACUUUUCUGUGCAUAAUUUAUUAUACUGUGUUUAGAUUUUGUAAACAGUAAACUUCGCAAUUCUUUUUAUUAUUAUCAUCUCAAGAAAGAAAACAAAAAAAAAAAUCCUACUUUCUACCUUUUCUGUUCAAAUAUCCGUUUAUUAGAUGAAUGCUAGAUUCAUUGUGGACACAUUAUUUGUAUUUUUAUUGUGAGUUAUUGUUGGUCAUAUAUUGCUCCAUAGCAAGGGUGGAUGGUGGAUCGAUCUGAUUGUGGG